AUGCUUAAUUCCACAUCCCGGAGUGCGCUCCGAGCAGCACAUGCUUCUAGAUCUCAAACACCUGUCCUGUCCCGAUGGAGCCCCUCAACCUCUCCGUUCUGCCAGCUCUAUCGUUCCAUGACCACUAUCCGCGCUCCGGUCUAUCGUCCACAUACCUCAUUGUUUUCCAUUAGUCGUCUAAACGUCGGAUCUGGUGAAAGAGCUUUUGGGAGCACAUCGGUCAAUAUGGCAUCUGGCACUCGUACCGAAACCGAUGCGUUUGGUGAGGUUCAGGUUCCUGGAGAUAAAUAUUGGGGUGCCCAGACGCAAAGGUCGCUAGGGAACUUCGAUAUCAACCAGCCCCAAGACCGGAUGCCACCUGCGAUUGUUCGAGCCUUUGGUAUUCUAAAGGGCGCUGCGGCAACGGUGAACAUGCGAUAUGGCCUUGUCAUUUCUAACCGUGCCAUUGAAAUUCUUGGUGGCACUAUGGGCAGCAAGAAGCCUGUCCAUCCCAAUGAUCAUGUCAACAUGUCCGCUUCCUCCAACGAUACCUUCCCCACUGUCAUGCACAUCGCAGCCGUCCUCGAAACCGAGGAGACCUUGCUCCCUGCUUUGAAGAGCCUCCGGGAGGCGUUGCAAAAGAAGGUUGAGCGGUUUGAGAAACUCAUUAAGAUUGGACGAACUCACUUGCAAGACGCAACACCCUUGACUCUCGGCCAGGAGUUUUCAGGAUAUGUAGCCCAGCUUGACCGAAAUAUCGAUCGCAUCCAGAAUACCCUCCCCGACUUGCGAUUGCUUGCGCAGGGUGGUACUGCUGUUGGCACUGGUCUCAACACAUUCAAAGGCUUUGAUGAGGCUAUUGCUGAAGAAGUGACCAAGAUGACUGGCACCGAGUUUAAAACGUCACCCAACAAAUUCGAAGUGCUCGCUGCUCAUGAUGCCAUUGUUGAAGCUUCGGGCUCUCUGAACACCCUUGCCUGCUCUCUCUUCAAAAUUGCCCAGGAUAUCAGAUAUCUCGGCUCGGGACCACGAUGCGGCCUUGGAGAGUUGAUUCUUCCCGAGAAUGAGCCAGGUUCUUCCAUUAUGCCUGGCAAAGUCAACCCUACGCAAUGCGAGGCACUUACAAUGGUCUGCUCCCAGGUCAUGGGCAACCAUGUUGCCGCUACCGUUGGUGGGAUGAGCGGACAGUUCGAAUUGAACGUGUUCAAGCCAUUGAUGAUCCGCAACCUCCUCCACAGCAUCCGUAUCCUUGGUGAUGGAAUGAAAUCUUUUGAAAAGAAUCUUGUCGUUGGUUUGGAGGCGGAUGAAAAGCGAAUUGGUUCUCUUCUCCACGAAAGUUUGAUGCUUGUCACCUGCCUGAACCCGGUUAUUGGAUAUGAUAUGGCCUCCAAGGUGGCCAAGAAUGCACACAAGAAAGGCCUGACCCUGAAGCAGAGUGCAAUGGAGCUCAAGGCUUUGAGUGAGGAGGACUUUGAUAACUCCGACGAGGAGCUCCUCUUCCCGAUGGACCUCAUUUCCCCAGAUGUUGCUGCCCAACUACCAAAAGGCUAUACUAUCCGCCCUCUUCGCCGAUCCGACUACGAUAAUGGCUAUCUCGAGGUACUCCGUGUCUUGACGACCGUUGGCGAAUACUCUUUCGAGGAGUGGAGCGAAAGAUACGAUUGGAUGGCGAAACGAAACGAUGAAUAUUACCUCCUUGUUAUUUGUGAUGAGACGGGCAGAGUUGUCGGGACGGGCAGUUUGAUCGUUGAGCGAAAAUUUAUCCACAAACUUGGUUUGGUUGGGCACAUUGAAGAUAUUGCCAUUGAGAAAAACCAGCAGGGCAAGAAGUUAGGAUUGAGAAUGAUCCACGCUUUGGAUUACGUGGCAGCGAAGGUUGGAUGUUACAAGAGUAUUCUUGACUGCUCCGAGGUCAACGAGGGUUUCUACCUUAAGUGUGGCUUUAGACGCGCCGGCCUAGAAAUGGCUCACUACUAUAAUGUCUGA